UGGAACAGCAACAGUCUCAGCAGCAGUGUCCUGCCUACCAUUGCUCUGUAUCUAUCUAAGAGACAGGGAUUGCCUGGGCUGGAAAUAGAGGAAGGAGUGGUCAUCCUGUGACUGACACUGUCUUUCAUUCAGUGGCCUAAGGUUUGGGAUGGGAGCAGCAGAGGUCUGUUUUGGGUAAACAGGAAUCAGCUCACGUGAGUUUGAGAGGCUGCACUUCGAUCUCUGUGGUACACCAGGCUCAGCAAUGGCUGCAGCGGCAAUGGAGGUGAUGGGUUUCUUGAUGUCCUUCAUAGGAAUGAUAGGUAACUUGGUAGCCACACUUCUGCCAUACUGGGAGACUUCGGCCCACAUUGGUUCCAACAUUGUCACCGCUGUGGUCAACAUGAAGGGCUUGUGGAUGCAGUGCGUCUACCAGAGCACUGGAAACUUCCAGUGCGAGACCUACAACACCAUCCUUGGUCUGCGGACAGAUCUGCAGGCAGCCCGGGCCAUGAUGGUCAUCUCUUUAUUAUUGUCCGUGAUGGCCUGUGUUGUGUCCAGUGUGGGGAUGCAGUGCACCGUAUGUAUGGACGGGUCUUCUGUCAAGUCAAAGGUGGCUGGAGUUGGAGGGUGCCUGUUUCUAACAGCCGGACUUCUGUCUCUCAUCCCUGUGUCCUGGAAGAUCCAUGAGGUGAUUCAAACCUUUUACCAGUACAGUGUCCCAGAAAGUCUGAAGUUUGAAAUAGGGGACUGUCUGUAUGUUGGACUUGCUUCUUCUCUCAUGUCCAUACUUGGUGGCGGACUGUUGAGUGUAUCCUGCUGUGAUGACCUAGAGGUACGUCGAGGGUUCAGGCGCCAAAAUGGGGGUUACCCAUACCCUGACCGCACAGGUACUGGGGGUAUGGUCCAUGGUCGCUCACAUUCCGUACCCUACCGUCCAGCCACCUUGCAGACUGGGAUCAACUUGAACCCAACCAACAAGAACCAAACCCUGGCAAGCCAUGUCAGUACCAGUAGCCACUCCACUCCGGCUGCUCACAGCUCCAGAAAACCUGCACGGCACAAUGCUCCAGCCAGCUACGAUGUUACGGGGUAUGUCUGAAGAUUUGUU